AUGUCGCGCACCGCGGAGACUGUGGAGGAGCUGGCGCGGCGCUACUACCUCACGACAGCGCUUGUGGAGGAAGCGGGGCGUCUCUUUGACACUUACGCUGGAAGGGGCGAUGCUCCGCCGGCGAACAGUGGCACGGAGCCCUUUAUUACGGUGCCUGGGCUGCAGCGGCUCAUGGUGAAGAUGGGUACCCCCAUCUCGCAACAGGACGUGGUGGAGCUACUCCGCUUCUUUGGCAGCGCUGCUGCUGUCGCUGUCAAGGAAGAUGUUGAACCGUCGGACAGUUCUGCCAACAGCCAACAGUCUCCGGUGGGAAAGGGGGCCCGUUCUCCCGUAACAGCGACGGCACCUGCAAGUCAGAAGCCUUCAUCACGCCAAAAAAAGAAAAACUUUGCAACGGCGCAGAAGACUGACGCCAAGGAUGCCGUGGAAUCCUCGAUGAAGCUUGGCGAAGACCACGGCACAGGCUGUGGAGCAGCCAGUGGUGACACUGCAUUUGCGAACCCAUCGCCGUUGGCGGCGCCGAUACUUGUCGCGGCACCUCCCUCCGCGGUCACGGCGGAGGGCAUGAAUUUUUCCGCCUUUGUGUACUUUCUUUUGGUGUACCCUGAGCUGUCUCAGCGAGCCUCGGGGAUGGCGGCGGCCACAUCACCGCCAAACGCCGCCGCACGGAGCGGUCUCCAUGUCAGGAUUCCAGAGCUCUUUUCGAUGAUCGACGCGGACGCAGAUGGGGUAUGGAGCGGGCACGACCUACGCCACGCUGCCGAGGUGUGCGUGAUGGAAGAUGACGGGCUUCUUCAGGAAGACCCUGAUCUGUGCCGCCUGGCAGGAAUGCACCCAGCGGAGUUCGCGGUCGCCCUUCACGAGUUGGACGUUGACGGGGACGGCGUUGUGACUUUAGACGAUGUACGGCAGGCACUGUAUUACUGA